CUUGUUAAAGCACAAGUAACUUUUGCUAAAGCACGGACGCAGCUAGUAGAGCAUUCUUGUUUGCAUUGAACAGCUUUCAGAAAUGGAGAUUGGCUUAGCAGUUGGAGGUGCAUUUCUCUCUUCAGCUUUAAAUGUUCUCUUUGAUAGGCUUGCUCCUCGGGCCGAGCUGCUGAAGAUGUUUCAGAGGGGAAAGCAUGAUGUUCGACUGCUAAAGAGGUUGAAGAUGACUUUACUUGGUCUUCAAGCUGUGCUAAGUGAUGCAGAGAAUAAGAAGACAUCAAAUCUAUACGUCAACCAGUGGCUAAAUGAGCUUCAAGAUGCCGUGGACAGUGCUGAAAACUUAAUUGAAGAAAUCAAUUAUGAAGUUUUGAGAGUUAAGGUGGAAGGUCAGCAUCAAAAUCAUGCAGAAACAAGCAAUCAGCAAGUAAGUUACCUCAACUUGUGCUUGAGUGAUGAAUAUUUUCAGUUGAAAGAGACCAUUGAAACAUUGGAGGAGUUGGAAAAGCAAAUCGGCCGCCUUGGCCUAACGGGGUAUCUUGAUUCGGGUAAACGAGGAACUAGUACUAGACAAGAUACUUCUGUAGUUGAUGAAUCUGAAAUCUUUGGCAGGCAAAAUGAAAUAGAGGAAUUGGUGGGCCGUUUAUUAUCUGUUGAUACAAAUGGUAAAAGUUUGAGAGUAAUUCCUAUUGUUGGAAUGCCUGGGGUUGGCAAGACAACACUUGCUAAAGUUGUAUACAAUGAUGAGAAGGUAAAAGACUAUUUCGAUUUGAAAGCUUGGUUUUGUGUGUCUGAACUAUAUGAUGCUUUCAGAAUAACAAAAGGUUUACUUCAAGAAAUUGGCUCAUUUGACUUAAAGGACGAUAACAAUCUUAAUCAGCUACAGGUCAAAUUGAAGGAAAGCUUAAAGGGCAAAACAUUUCUUAUUGUUCUGGAUGAUGUUUGGAAUGACAACUAUAAUGCAUGGGAUGACUUGAAAAAUCUUUUUGUUCAAGGAGAUGCAGGAAGUACGAUCAUUGUGACGACACGUAAGGAAAGUGUUGCCAAGACGAUGGUUAAUGAGCAAAUUAGCAUGGAUACUUUGUCUAGUGAUGUCUCUUGGUCAUUAUUCAAAAGACAUGCAUUUGACAACAUGGAUCCUAAGGAACAUCUAGAACAUGUAGAAGUCGGAAAACAAAUAGCAGCUAAGUGCAAAGGAUUGCCCUUAGCUUUAAAGACACUUGCUGGCAUUUUACGUUCCAAAUUAGAGAUUGAAGGGUGGAAACGUAUUUUGAGAAGUGAAGUAUGGGAGCUGCCCGACAAUGGCAUAUUACCAGCAUUGAUGUUGAGCUACAAUGAUCUUCCUGCAUAUUUAAAGCAAUGUUUUUCUUACUGUGCAAUAUUUCCGAAAGAUUAUCCAUUUCGGAAAAAGCAAGUCAUUCAGUUGUGGAUUGCUAAUGGUCUAGUACAGGGGUUACAAAAAGAUGAAAUAAUUGAAGAUUUAGGCAACCUAUUCUUUCUCGAGUUGCAAUCAAGAUCACUUUUCGAAAAGGUCCCAAAUUCUUCUAAAAAUAAUGCAGAGGAAUUCUUAAUGCAUGACCUUGUGAAUGAUUUGGCCCAGAUUGCAUCUUCAAAACUUUGUAUCAGAUUGGAAGAGAACCAAGAGUCUCAUAUGUUGGAACGAAGUCGACACGUGUCCUAUUCAAUGGGCUAUGGUGACUUUGAAAAGUUGAAACCUCUCUACAAAUUGGAGCAGCUGAGGACAUUGCUUCCGAUCUACAGAAUCAAGCUAUAUGAUCCUUCUCUAAGCAAGAGGGUGAUGCAUAACAUAUUGCCAAGACUAACAUCCUUAAGGGCAUUAUCAUUGUCACAUUAUGCUAUCAAAGAGUUGCCGAAUGACUUAUUCAUCAAGUUAAAACUUCUAAGAUUUUUGGACCUUUCUUUGACAGAGAUAAAGCAGUUACCAGAUUCAAUUUGUGCACUCUAUAACUUAGAGACACUUCUCUUGUCAUGUUGUCAAAAUCUUGUGGAGUUACCGAUGCAAAUGACAAAAUUGAUCAACUUGCGUCACCUUGACAUUGGCGACACUCCUUGCUUGAAGAAGCCGCAACAUCUGAGUUAACUACAUAACUUG